CUCAGGGUGGCUGCUGGGCCGUAGCAGGCAGCAUCGAGGACGGCGUGAAGGAAAGAGGAGGGCGCUGGUAAACAGCACAUACGCCGCACCGGCCACGAGAGCAGGUCUUCUGGACUAAUGAAGAGGAUGGGAUGUGGCCCUUCGCUGUCCAAAUGGUAAAGGUGACUAAACAAUAACGGGUAGAAGUCCCUCAUGCACUACAAGCGAAAUGGAGGACAUUGUGUGACGGCCACUUGAUGUUUCAAUAAGAGCACCAUGCUAUUUCCUAGCUGGACCCUGGCACUAUGUCUUUGGCACUCUAUUCUUGGCUCCCUUCAAGCCAUGUCAUUGGCCGGAAUUCAGGGAAGGCGGUCUUUGUCUCAGCCCCAGCCAAUCGCAGAGCCUGGGAACUACAGGUAUGCAGAUUCGUUCGGCAGUCUAAAGGACAGCUUCUUCUGGCCAUUCUGGACACCAGAGGGUGGAACGGGAGAGGCCAGGACUCCCUCGUUCCUUUCGCUACCCUUCGCCUUGCCCUUUGACUUAUGGAGUUCAAGCCCCAAGACUGAAGAAGAAGCCAAAAGUACCCAGUGGAGCUUGAAAGUAUCUUCCCCAGCCACGACCACUGAUUCAGAUCCAGGCCUGGAGGACAGGAAAGAUGCAUCACCUAAGACAGCAAUAGGUACCUCUUGGAAGAAUGCUAUGUCAACACCAGGGAUGACCACAGGAGUGGUCCUCAAAGGGACAAGGCUGCUGCCGUCCACUACGUCCCACAGCAUUGGUCACAGUACUUCACAUGAACAUGGGACUGACCUGCCUUGGCCAUCAAGCAGCUUCAGCAAUGAUGGUGACUCUUUCCGAGCGACUCCUACAGUCAGAGACACCACUUUACACACCGCCAGCACUGUGAAAGCCAUCACGAGGGAAGCCACACACAAUACGGUUUCAAUGCAGCCUGGCCUAGAUAAUAGGAGCACAACGCAAACUAUAUCUGCUGUCGAUCAAGAGGCUACAACAUCUCCAGGGAGGGAGCGGACAACAAGCCCAGAGUUGACGGAUAAGCCAUCCAGCACAUCAAAAGGACAAACAGGGCCAGAGACAAUGACGGCUGGUCACAGCAGAUUGUCUGAAGAGACAGGACAGCCACCAACGGCGGCGCCAUCCGUGAACACCAACUCUCCAGACGUGUCCCGGGGGUUCGAGCGGAGGGGCGGUGAAGGACGUGUGGAAGGAGAAGACCCCGGCAUCCAGUGGACCGCCACAGUUUCCUCCAUCACUGCCCUAGGGCCACUCUUUGCAGGAACCCUCCCAGAUGAGGAAUGGCCGUCAGGGAUCCCAGCCAACGAGUCGUACUCCCUGCCCGACUGCAACAUGGAUGUCAGCGGGGACUGCAACGCAUCGGAUCCCUGGAGCCCCGCCUUCCCAGAUGAGAACGCCACCACGAACCAGUCCUACAACCCCUUGCUUCUCCUGACCCCUCCGAUGUUUGUUCCCCUGUACUCGGACUGGAACUCGGCCAUGGCGACGUGGGGUGCGGCGUGGGAGGCACACGUUUAUGGCCUGGGCUCAGUCUUCACGCUCGUGGCGCUCCUCUCGGCGCUCAACCUGCUGUGCCUCCCCUACCGCUGCCCGUCAGGUUGCGGCUACUUCGCCCUGGUCAACGUCUUUCUUCUGGCAGCCGGGGCAAGCAGGGGCUUCUCGCUCUUCUACGACGCCUACAGCCACCAGGACAAGCUGCCGUUCGCCGGCACGCUCCUGCUGUACGAGGCGCCCUUCCCGUGCCUCACCGGCGCCUUCGGCAUCGUCUUCCUCCUGCUCUCCAUGCGCUCCCGCAUGCAGCUGUCCCACUCGGUCCUGCAGCACCCGUGCUUCCUGGCCACUUUGGUUCUGGCGCACUUCAUCACCACGUUUGGCUCCGUGGCGCUGCUACAGGUAUUCACGCAGCAGCCCUGCCUCUUCUUUGUCUCGCAGGGAGCCUUCGUGCUGCUGGCUGCCAUGCUCGCCACCACUUACUUCAUUUUUUACUGCUACGUGCGGGCCGACUCGAAACACAUCUACCACCUGAACAAUACCUCGCCUCCAGUCGAGCGCUACAACCGGUGCCCCUUUGCCGACGCAAAGGACUGGGAGCGUGCCGCAGCCACGGCCGUGUUGGCGGCGCUGUUCGCGCUAGCCUGCGCCGGGCUCCAGCUGUACGCCAUGCUGCACGCGCUCGGCCUCGGGGCCACCGAAGUCUUCCCACCCUGGCCGUGGUGGGCCUUCCACCUGAGCUGCCGGUUGUGCGAGGCUGGCGUUUGCCUCACCCUGGCGCUCAUCGUCAUGCACCCGCUUUACUGCUCCAGCGAUCCGCCUCACAUCGGUUGCUGGCCCAGAAUGUUCCGUGGACACCUGGCUGUGAAGUCCCCGGUGCUGCCCAACAACUACGCCUGGUCACAGCAGGAGAAGCUGGUCAUCUGCGACGCCAUCGGGCGCGGCGAGUCUGAGUGCCUGCCACUCUACACGCUGGUGGAGCACCGGCUCAGCAGCGUGGACGGGCUGGACCUGCUGUACCGCAGUAACCGUUCCCUGGCUGCCGGAGAGCUGGACCUCAUUAAGGCAAAGGCGGGCUCUCUUAGGUCCUCCCUGUCCAGCCUGCGCUUGGACAGCGACUCCACGGCCGACCUGCGCCCGCCAUCGCCCAUCGACCUGCGCCGCAGCAUCGACGAGGCCCUCUUCGGUGAAGCCCUCUUUCCCCAGAGCCUCUUCAGCACCUCCAGCAACCUGUCCCUGAACGCGAACCCCGGCUCCGAGCGCCAGGCGCUCCGGGAAAGCUCGGCCGACCACAGCCUGUACCGGACAACCUCCUGCGGGGAGAUGGAAGCUGCGCCACCCAAGGCCCUGGAACCUCGGCUCAGGGGCUCCUCGGACGCAGCUUCGUCCUCGUCUUCUGCGGGCCGCUGGCAGGACAGCAGCUCAAGUUCCAUUUUCAGGGCAUCGCUGGAUGGCUCUUCGCUGGUUCUCUGCUCCAGCCCAGAGCGGUCGGCACACGGCCACGCCUCCUUUGGCAGCAGUCGAAUCGCCCCCGGCCACCUGUCCCAGAGCAGCCUCAACCAGGUGGCGCACCUCCAGAGGGGCUACCAGACCCUGGGCUCAGCCUCGCAGGAGAGCCUGGAGCAGCCCGGCUCGCAGGACCUCGCGGUCCAGGCCGAGUUCAUUAGCGUAUGCCGGCAGAUUGACGCCCUGAGCAUCUGCAGCGACACCAUCGACCUGUAGGCGAUGCAUCCCGACAACCACGAAGCGCAGGAACUCCUUCCUGCUUCGCGAUGCCCGGAGCCUUCACCUGCACCUUGUCCACAGGACGUCUUCACGAGCACCCGAAACACCGGGCCGGGAGACUCGUCAUCUGGAUAAUUACUACGGUAAAGCAAUUAAGAGCUUCGGCAGAGAAAACCAGCGCACCCAGUAGCUGAGACCCACAAACAAGGUGCUAAUCUCAGCUCGGCCGCUCCUCGGACAGAAGACCAACCAGCGUUCUCUCAUGCACUAUGUAGCAGUGCCAAACUCACCUUGAAAGCUUCUCGGAUUUGAACUUUGCGAGACUUCCCAGAGUUCCCAGGGGUGGUUUCACCCUGUGGGCUUAAGGCAAGCGGGGGGGGGGAGUGACGUCAAGUGCCACAGAACGACA